AUGGGUGACAAUAAAGAAUAUAAAUUGGUCGUACUAGGCAGUGGUGGUGUUGGCAAAUCUGCGCUAACCAUUCGUCUUGUGACUGAUAAUUUCUUGGAAGAUUAUGAUCCAACUAUUGAGGACAGUUACCGAAAACAGACAACAAUUGAUAACAGCCCUGCAUUACUGGAUAUUCUUGAUACGGCAGGACAGGAAGAAUAUACGUCCAUGCAAGAUCAGUGGAUGCGUGAAGGCAAAGGAUUUUUACUGGUCUACAGUGUAACCAGUCGCAGCUCAUUUGAUGACAUUGCUGUAUUUAAGGACAAGAUUCUGAGAGCAAAGGACGUGGACAAUGUACCUAUUGUAUUGGUUGGUAACAAGUGCGAUCUGGAAAGUCAGCGACAGGUGGCGGGUGAUGAAGGCAAGGAUCUCGCCAGUCAGUGGGGUUGUGCUUUCAUGGAGACGAGUGCUAAGGAGAGAAUAUUGAAUGAAGAGUGCUUUUAUCAAGUUGUGCGUGAGAUCAGGAAAGCUGAGCGCCCUGUGCGCGUGGAGCGACCGCAACCCACCCAGAAACCACCGAAGAAGUCUGGGCUUAAGUGCACCAUCCUAUAG